AUCUUAAUUCAUUAACAUUUUCUCCGUUCGCUAUAUAUCGAUGCAAGUAGCACCGCACAAAAUCUCGUUCGUAAAGUCGUAUUCGUGGGCGACGUAUAAAGUCGCGGACGGUUCGUGUCCGCGCCUCAGUCGGCGGCCGUGCCUUCUGUACCCGCGCGCGUGCCGUCGUAUCCGUCAGAAUCCUCCGCAUCUCGCGAUUUCGAGAGAAAACACCGAGACGAGAAACCGGGACUGAACGGAGUUACAAUUUACGGAGAGAAGACGUUCUCUUCGAAUCUCGUCCCUUUUCUCUUCUUAAAAAUUCCAUCGCAGAAAGUUUGAUUAAUUCACGCGAAGUGAAUCGGAAACGCGUCACAAGAUGCGAGUCCUGACCGUGUUGAUCCUCGGGCUACUAAUCGUCUGCGUUGUCGAGGGUAGCGUCAUCCACGACGAAGCCUUAACUGCGAGCCUGCAAGAUGUGUGGUAUGAAGAUGAGUUUAUUAUCGCCUUGUCCAACAUCAAAGUCAGGAAGAAAGCCGGCAAUUCGGUUGAGACUCUAUUGGCCAUAAAGUAUAAACAGACGAAAACCAAAAUGGUGCUCAUACUGGAUCGACGAACAAAGCGCGUUAUACUCGAGAGCCACGACAAUAACGGCCGACGCAGCACCGCGUACGUCAACGUAGACUCCCUCUCGGUGAACACGCCUGUGAAGAACCUGAUCAUCCAGGUGCACCAAAAGCCACUCAAUGCCCGCGUGGAUGUGUACGCCGAUUGCGUCUACGAGGGCUCUAUACCGCUCAAGAAAACCUUCCGCAACAUAGCCGAGAGCGAGGACAGCCCGUUCACAGAAGUGUUUAGAGAACGAACAUGUCGGACGAAAGUGUAUCACCUCAACAUCAUCGAGGUGCUGAAGAAGGAACAGUGUCCCGAUAAUCUAAUCGAUCUACUGCAGAUUUCGAUAUUUGAAAAUGCGCAACAGCUGAACCAUACGAAAAUUACCGAUCGACCUGACAGGACCGACGGUGGAUCGGAUACAUCGGAUCAGAAUAACAAUUCUACACCGUCCAUUGGCCAAAACAGCUCAAAACAUCCCAAUCAUCGUCCGGAUGACACAAAAAUUCCCGGUCAGAAGAAUGACCGCGAUCGUCCGAAUGAUCGCGACCGACCAAACAAGAAGCCGCGACCUCCAGGAAGCAAUAAAAAACCUUCCGAUCAGUUCUCACAACCUGACAAAGCGGAUCAGAUAGAUAAACUUGAUUAUCCAGAAUUUCCCUCUUCACCGUUUAAUUUCCAACCGUUGCAUUCUACCACGGGAUAUCGCCCUACAAAGAAAUCUCAAUCGAAUACAAGACCCAAUGGAUCAAAUCAAUAUGGCCCUAAUAAACCUGGAGGAUUGGAUGAGGCUAAUGGUCUUGACUAUCCAGAUGAGUCUUAUUCUUCACCGUUACCUUCGAAGAUUCCUCUACGUCCCAACAAACCAUCGAACGGUGGAUCGGACGGAUCUGACGGAUCGAAUCCAUAUAAUUCUAACAAGAAUUCUUUUCCAACAUCAAAUGAGUUUGAUGAGUUCGGAUCUCCCGAUAAUCUUAACCGACCUGAUCGAAGUCCACAAAUACCCGAUAAAUAUGAUUAUCCGGAUGAUACGCACGUGUCGUUACCUAAUAAAAAGCCCGCAAGAGGCGACAUUGGAAUCCAGAGCCUGGAUGAAAGAGUCUGCCAGACCGACGAUCGAAUCGUGAAAACCUUGAACGAAUUAAUCAACGUCACCAGGAAACUCGGGAGGGAACUAGAACUAAAUAGGCAGGAAACACAACAUCUUCGUCGAUUGAUCGAAAACUGCGCGGCGUGUCGUACACCCAUCGUGCCAUCACCGCCGCUCACGUGCGAUCCUUCACCGUGCUACCCCGACGUCGAAUGCCGUCAGACAUCGAGGGGACCUCAGUGCGGCCCCUGUCCCCGCGGUUAUACCGGAAACGGACGGACCUGCACCAAAAUCAACGUCAUCACCUGCAUCAACCGGCCGUGCUUCCAGGGAGUGCGUUGCUACGAUGCCACCGACGGUUACAAAUGCGGUAGAUGUCCCAUUGGAUACGUCGGCGAUGGCGAAAGAUGCGACAGGCAUAGAAACCCUUGCGAAACUCAUCCCUGCCAUCCGGAAGUCAAGUGCUAUCCGAUUUACAGUCCACCAUAUUUCAAAUGCGGUCCGUGUCCAUUGGGAUAUGUGGGUAACGGCACGGUCUGUCACGACGCCAACGAAUGCGAGCUGGCUCGACCUUGUUUUCCCGGAGUACGGUGCAUCAAUCUCCAUCCCGGAUACAGAUGUGACAGAUGUCCGCCAGGUUACACCGGACCUACGACGGAAGGUGUCGGUAUUGAGAUGGCCAAGACAAAAACACAAAUUUGUCGGGAUAUAAACGAAUGCGAAAUCAACAACGGCGGAUGCCAUCGUGAUUCGGAAUGCAUCAACACGGAGGGAUCCUAUAGAUGUGGUCGCUGUAAACCCGGCUACAUUGGUAAUCAAACAGUGGGAUGUCAUCUUCAACAAGAUCUCUGCCCGGAUAUGGUAACAGUCUGUGACAUCAACGCCAAUUGCAUUGCCGUGUAUUUCAACGAAUAUUCGUGCAAGUGUCGCACCGGUUGGGCCGGAAACGGAUUCACCUGCGGUCCUGACAUCGAUAGCGACGGUAUCCCCGAUAAGAGUCUGCACUGCCACGAUCAUCGCUGUCGUGUCGACAAUUGUCCGACGAUACCGAACAGCGGGCAAGAGGACACCGACGAGGAUGGAAUUGGCGAUGCUUGCGACGACGACGCCGAUAAUGACGGCGUAUUGAAUAAUGCUGACAAUUGUAUAUAUCUUUAUAAUCCGAAUCAAAUGGACAUGGACAAAGACAAGAUCGGCGACGAGUGUGACAACUGCCCGACAGCUCCGAAUCCGAAGCAGCAAGACUUAGACGACGAUAGCAUAGGCGAUGCGUGCGACAGCGAUAUAGACGGUGACGGUAUCGAAAAUAUUCAGGAUAAUUGUCCCAUGGUGAAGAAUCCUAAUCAGCGUGACACCGACAUGGACGGCAUCGGCGAUGCUUGCGACAAUUGUCCGAGUAUUAGCAAUCCCGAUCAGGCGGACACUGACGGCGACGGCGUCGGGAACGUUUGCGACACCGACACGGAUUACGACAGGGACGGUGUUCAGGACGACAGGGACAAUUGUCCGGAUGUGGCGAAUCCCGGACAGAACGACCUCGAUCACGAUAACAUCGGCGACGAAUGCGACAAUGACAUUGACGGCGAUAAUAUAAUCAACGGGAUCGACAACUGUCCUUAUGUGUACAAUCCGGAUCAGCUUGAUAUUAAUCACGACGGUAUCGGCGAUGCCUGCUGGAAUGACAACGACAACGACACGAUUAUCAACUCCCGCGACAACUGCCCCAACAAUAGUUUAAUAUGGGCGACGGACUUUCGGAAAUACAAGACCAUCCACCUCGAUCCGUUCGGCACAUCGCAGGAAGAUCCUGCAUGGAGAAUUCAUAACGACGGAGCUGAGAUUUGGCAGCUUCUCAAUAGCGAUCCUGGAAUCGCUAUAGGGCCGGAUGUGUUUACUGGCGUCGAUUUCGAGGGAACCUUUUACAUCGAUGACAAUGACGACGACGACGAUUUCGUGGGCUUCGUUUUUGGCUAUCAGGAUCCUCGACAUUUCUACGUUGUUACCUGGAAGAUGGGCGCGCAGGUCUACUGGAUAGGGUCUCCGUUCCGCGCCCAAGCCGAAUCCGGGAUUAUAUUAAAGCUCGUUCAAUCCGAAACUGGACCGGGCGAGAUGCUCCGAAAUAGUCUUUGGCACAUGUACGAUACUCCCAAUCAGGUGAAGGUUCUCUGGAGAGAUCCAAAGAAAAUGGGCUAUCAGCAAAGGGUGUCGUACAGAUGGUAUUUGACACAUAGGCCAAAGAUUGGCCUGAUCAGAUUCUGGUUAUAUCAGGGGACGCAAUUAGUAACUGAUUCCGGAAAUUUAUUCGACUCGACUUUGCAAGGCGGUAAAAUAGGUGUCUAUUGUUUCUCGCAGGCUGGAAUCAUCUGGUCUGAUUUACUGUACAAGUGUGAAGAAACUGUGCCUCGAUCCAUAUGGGACGAAUUACCUGAUAAACUAAAGAAAGAAGUUCAAGUGGGAAUUGAAGCAGGUCACCAACAGCAAAUAACAAAACGAAUGAAUUACGAUUUCUAAAGCAGAUUCUCGGUGAAAAGAACGAGUCAAUAAAGAGCGCAGGGAUUACGAGAAAAUUUAAAAGUCUCCGUAAUUUUAAUUCUGAAAUAAUCAUGGAGCCAUAUCUAUGCGAAUUAUAAUAUUUGCUAUAAUCAAUCGCCAAAUUACAAUUCUUUGUGAGAAGUUUUGUACAUUUCUUAGAUAUAUAUAGACAUUUUGUAACACAGUUAUUUAAUAUUGCAGAAUAUAUGUGUGAAUAUUA